GGCUAUUUGCCCUCAAAACCAGUCCUGGAGUCAGCUGAGGAAAUACGGGAUCCUGGCCGUGGAGCCUAGGAACUACAUUACCCAGAAGGCCGCGCGUAGAAUGCCACCAGGCUGAGCCAAUGGAAUCUCAGAGAAGGCGUUUCCGUUUUUCAAGUUCUGGUGGGCGGGAUCGGUAGUCUUUUCUCCAUUUUGUCUGAAGCGGUCAGCGGUACCUGUCACAGAGUCCCGGGGAGAAGGUUGGCGAGUGCUUUUCCCCGCCUCGCAGCCUAUGGUGGGAGCCUCCAGUGGUGCUCACAGCGCACACGUGGGAUUGAAGCUCGGAGUCGCCACCAGUCCCGCCCAGAGCCGGGACAGCGACCGCCAUUCCUGCAGCGGCUUCUGCUCCCGCCCCGCUCCAACUACAGAGGGCAAUGGAGGCGCCGGUGCUGAGUAGCUGGGCUGAGGUUGGUGUGACCUUUGAGGACAUUGCCCUGUACUUCUCCAGGGAGGAAUGGAGCCUCCUUGAUGAGGUUCAGAGACAGCUGUACCUGAACGUGAUGCUGGAGAACUUUGAACUUAUAUCCUCGCAGGGUUGCUGCUGUGGAGCAGAGAAUGUGGAGGCACCCACUGAACAGAAGGUUUCUGUAAGAGUGUCACAGGCAAGUGUUCCCAAGUUACCCUUGUCUUCCCAGGAGAGCCACCCCUGUGAGAGGUGUGGGCUAGUCUUGGGAAACAUUUUCCAGUUGACUGAGCUGCAGGGAAUACAACGCGGACAGAUACUGUUGAGGUGUGGGGCGUGUGCACAAGGAUUUUAUUUCAGUACAAAAUUUCACCAGCAGCAUGUGAGAGAGAAGACUUUCAUUAGAGAUGUGGACAGGAUCUCACUUGCAAACAGCUGCAAUUUCCAGGUGUCCCAGAAUCAUGUUACCUGUGGGGAGGUGGUGCAGGGUGUCCUUACCGAGUCAGGACAUCUCCACUUAAAGGCUACUCAGACCAGCGAUAGGCCAGAAGAUAUUUUGAAAUGUGGGGUGAAAUUUCAAAGUAGAGAAGAAUAUAACAAGGUCAUUGGCUGCAAUCACACGUUUAUUCAGGACAAGUGUGUCCAUGCUGGAAAUCAGUGUUUUCCGUGCUAUGAAGGUGGAAAUUACCUUACCCAAUGUUCUAGCUUUUAUGAACAUGGAGAAAAGCCUUACAAAUGCAGUGAAUGUUGGAAAUCUUUUACGACGAUGCAUAGCCUUCAUUGUCAUCAGAGAUUUCACACUGGAGAAAGGCCUUAUGAGUGCAGUGAAUGUGGGAAUUCUUUUACCAAUAGCACUGCCCUUCGUCGUCACCAGAGACUUCACACGGGAGGAAAGCCUUACAAAUGCAGUGAAUGUUGGAAAUCUUUUAAGAGAAUUGAAAGCCUUCAUUGUCACCAGAGAUUUCACACUGGAGAAAGUCCUUAUGAGUGCAGUGAAUGUGGGAAAUCUUUUACCAGGAGCAAUGCCCUUUGUCGUCAUCAGAGAGGUCACAGUGGGGAAAAACCUCAUAAAUGCAGUGAAUGUGGGAAAUCUUUUGCCACCAGCAGUGAGCUACAUCGUCAUCAGAGAGUUCACACAGGAGAAAAGCCUUAUAAAUGCAGUGAAUGUGGGAAAUCUUUUACAAGAAUUGAUAGCCUUCAUUGUCACCAGAGAUUUCACACCAGAGAAAGUCCUUAUGAGUGCAGUGAAUGUGGGAAAUUUUUUAUCAAGAGCAGUGGCCUCCAUUAUCAAAGUUUUCACAUUGAAGAAAAGCCUUAUACAUGCAGUGAAUGUGGGAAAUCUUUUACCAGGAGCAGUGAUCUUGAUCUUCAUCAGAGAGUUCACACUGGAGAAAGGCCUUAUGAGUGCAGUAAAUGUGAGAAAUCUUUUACCACUAGCAGAUACCUUCUUUGUCAUCAAAGAGUUCACACAGGUGAAAAGCCUUAUAAAUGCAGUGAAUGUGAGAAAUCUCUUACCAGGAGCGAUCAUCUCCUAUAUCAUCAGAGAUUUCACAGUGGACCAAGCCAUUAUGAGUGCAAGUAAUGUGAGAUAUCCCUCAGCCAAUUUUUUAAAAUUUUCUCUGCAUAAAAGAGUCAAAUUGUGCGAAAUUUCUUAGAUGUGUGGAAAAUGUUUCUUAGUUCGGUCUUAGCAAUAGUAUUAGAAGAUUUGUGAAGUCUCAUCAAUCUGAAUUGUAGCUCAUACAUUUAAUCACCUGCAUUAUGUAAAGUCCCCUCAAGUGACUUUGUUGUUGUGUUUUGUUUGUUUUUAUGUUGGUAUCAUAUGUAUGUAUGUUACACUUUCUAACAUACAGAGACAUGUAGUCAGAUCUAUGUCACUGCAUAUUUCUGUUGCUGAAGGUAUUUCACCUGAACCACGUAUAAGGUCCCUACAGAUGGCAUCAGUCACCAUCCUCUUAUGCCCAGCAAAGCUAACUCUGUUGUCUAAUUUGUUGAAAAAAAUGAGGAAUACCUGAGCCCUUGGUUCUUAACUUGUUUCCCUGUCAUGAGUUGCCACAUAGGACUGAUUACUGUUGGCACCAGUAAACAUAAUGUUGCAGAGGGACUGCCAUUUUCAGGGACACACUUUCUCUAGAUCAGUGAUUCCCAAAGUGGGCGCUGCAGCGAUCCAGGGGGGCAGUGAUGCCCACAGGUGCAUUUCUUUUAACUUCUUUUGUAUUACCUUUCUAUUCUGAGUU